UGUCUUUUCCCUAUUUGAAGUGGAAAAGAAAGAAAGAAACGAAAAAGGAAAACUCGUUUUCGAUUUUGUCGCUAAUUAGUCUCGUUAACCGGUCACCACAGCCAUAACAGGGAGACUGGACCUGCUCUCUGGGUCUCUCUGAUAGCAGUGUGCAGUAUUUCUUCGCUCUGUGGCCACGCGAGGCGGCGAAUUCGUCCAGAACCAGAGCAGCGCUCCUAAAUCCUCGUCGAAAAAUUUACAGACAGACGGCUCACCUGCUAGCCGCCCGAUCGUCGCCCGAGGAACUCUUCUACGAGAGCGGUUGGAAUAUGGACUGUCAUCAUUUGUGCUAAACAACUGUGUGGAUCUGUGCAACCUCCGCGCGAUCAUUUCACGACAUGGCGUGACAUCAACUCUGAAGAAGUCUGUCUGGUAUGAAAAAGGACUUUUUCCGUUGUCACGACGUUUCGGAGGCUGGUUCUGUCUCCGUCUUCAGUUUAUGUUGUAGAAUAGAACUUCGCUGGGAACGUAAUCUGAGGCCUGAAACACGUACAGUAGACCAACUUGUGCCGUUAACCGGUCACGCGAGCAGCGUGUCUGUGUGUCUAAGCCGCCGAAUGCAGUACGCAAUAAAUCCUAUCCAGCUCCAGACAGCCAGCCGAUGGAUGGUCGGUGUGGCUGUACUUGUAAUCACGACUUUGUUCAGAACUCAUAGCGGUUGUGUCCAUUCGUCUUCUGUGAACGCAAGAAACAACUCCACUCUGAUUGGACGGUUACGGGUGACGGGAACGCUGGCAUGGUCGCCAGAUGGAGGACCAGGAAUCCAGUGCAGCAAGGAAGAAGACAAUCUAGAGAUGUCAAAAAGAGGGAGUGUAGAAGAUGAAUGGAUAGACCGCGAAACAGGGCGAAAGGGACUGUGAGAAUGGAAGUCAGCCAUUACAGUCAGCCAUGUUGAAGACACGUGUGAGGAAAGCAAACGCAAUUAUAAUGGCAGUUUUUGGCGCCAGGACAACAGAAUUAUUAGGUCCGAAUCGUCAGUUCUUAAGAUGCAAAACUUAAUUGUAUUAUUACAAGUUAAUUUUCGUAAGACAGAUUUUACCACUGGCUUUUAAAGGGUUAUGUCAUAAGUUGCCCAGAUUGUAUACAAUGACGGACGAUAAGACGACACAGUCACACAAAUUUAGGAAGCAUCCAGCAAUUUGCCCUGAGGGACCGAGGAAAACCACGGAAGACCUCAGACAUUAUUUAAUUUCCAGUCGGAGAUACGACCUAAGUUCCUCCAGAAUACGAAUCAGAAGUCCUCACCAUUUACGACUUUUGUAUCCAAGUGCGAAGACACAAAUAUUACUUAUUCUUAAUAGGGCAUCGUGUCUUCCUAAGAUCGAAGUCUCAUACCCGUUCUAGAAAGACAGAGCUCAUGGCAGCUAGUAACUUCUGACGGUCAGUAAAAAGCAUGGAAUGCAGUUUGACGAUUACGGCAAAUUGUAGCAAAGUAAUCUCGCAAGAAUGAGGCGGAAAAACCAGAGCUGAAAUCUGAAAAAUUCGUCAAUUCGCUGUGGACAUACCAGGCGCCUGACUGGUUUCCUUAGCUGGACGUGUUCAAAGGCCAGCCAAUCUCAUGUGAAACAAUGCAAAGUUCCCAUUGGAGAUCAAAGAAUUCCAGUCGUGCUAACCUGCAAUCCGUUUGUGUGUAAGCAAAAUGGAGAUCAGAACAGAUAACUCCAUGGGGGAGAGUCCUUCUUCAGAAGCUAAUACUUCCUUAGUUGAUCAAAUAUUAUCUGUUUUAUGGGAGUAAAAUGUAUGGUAAUGUGUUCACUAGUUUCUGACAUAAAUCAUAUGAACUCAAUUCACAAACUCGCUUUCCAUUUAUUUUAGGCCCAUUUUA